CACCCUUGACAACUCGCAGAAUGAGGAAUGUGUGACGGGAACAAUAGUAAUUUCUCUGGAAGUACAGGAAUAACAAACCACAUCUCAAACUUCGACUGCAAAGCAACAGUCCUAGCAGAUUUAGAGUCAUUUUCCUCGCUACCCGAACUGCACUUCCAACACGGAAGUCUACUGCCUUCAGACAAGACUAACACCCUUCUGUCUUUUGUGUUAAGCUGUUUACGGUUCAAUUUCAUCACAUUGUAGUUAAAGGGGGAACGCUCUGGUCUAGUUCAGACAUAAAGAGAAACCCUAUGAAUGAAGCUGCAGUACCGUCAAUGUCCCUUUCAAAGUUCUUCCCUAUUUCUCUGGAGAUCCUGGAGGAGAUCUUACUGAAUCUUCCUCCUGUUGAGGUGGUUCGUGUCUGCCGGAUGGUGUGCCACCAGUGGAAAGAAGUGGUUGACAGUAAGUCCCUGUGGAAAGAGAGAUGUAGAAGAGAAGGAUAUCACCUCAGUGAUACAUCCAAAAAUCCUAAAGACUGGAGGUUGUUUUACUUCUUGUGCAAGCAAAGGAGAAAUCUUCUCAAGAAUCCGAGAGGAGAAGAGGAACUCAACGGCUGGCUGAUUUUGAAUCAUGAUUAUAGAUGUUUUCGAUAUGGUGGUAGAUUUGGUGGUUUUGAUGGAUUUGGUGGGAAUAGGUGGGCAGUACACGGGAUUAGACGGCCACAUCCAGAGGAGACGGUCCAAAAAAACUUUGUGACCUCUUACACCAUGGCGAAGAAGUCACAGCUGAUUGAUUUGGGGAAGGAAGGUUACAGCCCAUCGUUCAUGGAUCACUUCCAGCCAGAUAUCCGAAUAUCUGAUUGGUAUGCACCAAGACAUGAUUGCGGCUGUAUAUAUGAGAUCCGUGUAGAGCUUUUGAAUGAAAAAAAGAGGCCUGUUCAGACAUUUGCUCCGGACAUUGUUGAGUUUAAGUAUGGGAGUGAUGAGCGAUGGAACAAGAUGGCCCAUGUAUUCAAGAGCUACGGACCAGGAGUGAGAUAUGUCAGUUUCACCCACGGAGGCAGGGACACACAGUUCUGGGCAGGAUGGUAUGGGAUUCGCCUCACCGAAAGCUGCGUUGAGAUAUGUCCAGCAGCGGACAAAUAGCUCUUUGGGAGUUAUCUAUUACCUGCUUCCUGCCUUUGCUUGAAAUUGCACCUCUUAUUUGCCUUAUAUAAUCAGCAUUUAUGUAACGCGUAAAAAGGAUGUUUCUCUUGCUGCUAAACUACUAAUAUGUGCAGUCUCAAUGACAUGUUACAUUCAACAGCCAUAGUUUGAGAAGACAAAAUGUACAUGUGCAGUAGCAGAGCACAUCCCCUAAUUGCUACGAGGAUAUUGCUCCAUGAUUGUCCACCUCACCAGAAGUGCCUCGUACAAAUAUUUUACAUGCUCU